GUGGAAGAAAUCAUCCCAAAUGUUAUUGAACCCUCCUUUGGUAUUGGAAGGAUCAUGUACACAGUGUUUGAACACACGUUCCAAAUCCGGGAAGGAGACGAGCAGAGGACGUUCUUCAGCUUCCCAGCUGUUGUAGCACCGUUCAAGUGCUCUGUUCUUCCUCUAAGCCAGAAUCAGGAAUUCAUGCCUUUUGUCAAGGAAUUAUCUGAAGCACUCACCAGGAACGGCAUCUCUCACAAGGUGGACGAUUCCUCCGGCUCCAUUGGCCGGCGGUAUGCCAGGACUGAUGAGAUCGGCGUCGCCUUCGGCAUCACGAUUGACUUCGACACCGUUAACCGGACGCCUCACACGGCCACGCUGAGAGACCGUGACUCAAUGCGCCAGAUCCGGGCCGAGAUCUCUGAACUUCCUGCCAUCAUUCGUGACCUGGCGAACGGUUACCUAACUUGGGCUGAUGUGGAGGCAAAGUAUCCACAAUUUGAGGGACAAGAGACUGGUAAAAAGGACACAAUAGAGGAAUAAAGAAAAGGACCUGAAGUAAAAUCCUGUCAAAUGUCCACUUUUUACUGUUCAUGUUAAUAUGAAAUAAACUUAUCAUGUAUUAUUCAAAGCUGCAUUGUUCGUGCACACAGGGACUGUUUUGUUGGUUUUUUUCCCCUCAAUUACUACCCUAAUUAACUUUAAAAAAGGAAAUAAUUGCAGUCCAAGUUAAAGGUGUUAUGAAUAAAAACGCCGUUAUGUAUGCCUGCUUCUCUG